GGGCAAGAAAACAGGAGGCAACAGAAAGCACACUUUGCUGUCUCUUGGGUAUUGAGUAAUAGCAACCACUUCGCAGACUUUGGCCAGGCAACUUGCUGAGUGAGGUACCUCAGCCAGCAUGGAUGUCUCUUUGCCACCCAGUUUGGGACUCAGUUCUGCCCCUGAUGAAAUUCAACAUCCACAUAUUAAAUUUUCAGAGUGGAAAUUUAAACUAUUCAGGGUGAGAUCCUUGGAAAAGGCACCUGGAGAAGCUCAAAAGGAAAAGGAUUCUUGUGAAGGGAAAACCUCCCUAGAGCAGUCUCCUGUGGUCCUGGACAAACUUGGUGGCCAGAAGCCAGUGCUGACUCAGCCUGCACUGAAGCCCCAUCCCAAGUUUUCUAAGAAAUCGCUUGAUGAUGGGAAAGCAAGAGAAAAAGCAAUUCACCUAGCCAACCUUCGACACUUCUGCCGCAUCUGUGGGAAUUCUUUCAAAACUGAUGAGUACAACAGGAGAUACCCAGUCCACGGGCCUGUGGAUGCUAAAACCCAAGUCCUUUUAAGAAAGAAGGAGAAAAGGGCCACUUCCUGGCCAGACCUCAUUGCCAGGGUUUUCCGGAUUGAUGUGAAAGCAGAUGUUGACUCGAUCCACCCCACCGAGUUCUGCCAUAACUGCUGGAGCAUCAUACACAGGAAGUUCAGUGGGGCCCCACGUGAGGUUUACUUCCCAAGGAACGCAAUUAUGGAGUGGUACCCACACAACCCAUCCUGUGACAUCUGCCAGAUGGCCCGUCAGGGACUCAAGAGGAAGAGACAUCAUCUAAAUGUGCAGGUCAGCAAAAAAUUCAAAGCUAUGCUUGACCGAGCCAAACAAGCCCGUCAGCGCAAGAGGAGAGCUCAGGCAAGGAUCAGAAACAGAAGGGAAGUCAUGAAGAAGCUCACCAGCUGUGGUAAGAUACAUCUCAGCACCAAGCUCCUGGCAGUGGACUUCCCCGCACACUUCGUGAAGUCCAUUUCCUGCCAGAUUUGUGAGCACAUCCUUGCCGAUCCUGUGGAGACCACCUGUAAACAUGUAUUCUGCAGAAUCUGCAUCCUCAGAUGCCUCAAAGUCAUGGGCAGCUACUGUCCCUCUUGUUGCUAUCCAUGUUUCCCUACUGACCUGGAGAGUCCUGUGAAGUCCUUUCUGAGCAUCUUAAAUUCUCUGAUGGUGAAAUGUCCAGCCAAAGAGUGCAAUGAGGAAGUCAGCUUGGAAAAAUACAAUCAGCAUGUCUUAAGCCACAAGGAAUCAAAAGAGACUCUUGUACAUAUUAACAAAGGAGGCCGACCCCGUCAACAUCUUCUGUCACUGACUCGGAGAGCUCAGAAGCACCGGCUGAGGGAGCUUAAGAUGCAAGUGAAAGCUUUUGCUGACAAAGAAGAAGGUGGAGAUGUGAAGUCUGUGUGCCUGACCUUGUUUUUGCUGGUGCUGAGGGCAAGGAAUGAACACAGACAAGCUGAUGAGCUGGAGGCCAUCAUGCAGGGUCGGGGCUCUGGCCUGCAGCCUGCUGUUUGCUUGGCCAUUCGUGUCAACACUUUUCUCAGCUGCAGUCAAUACCACAAGAUGUACAGGACUGUGAAAGCCAUCACAGGCAGGCAGAUUUUUCAGCCUUUGCAUGCCCUUCGGAAUGCUGAGAAGGUCCUUCUGCCAGGCUACCACCCCUUUGAGUGGCAGCCACCUCUGCAGAAUGUUUCCUCCAACACUGAUGUUGGCAUUAUUGAUGGACUGUCUGGGCUUUCAUCCUCUGUGGACGAUUACCCAGUGGACACCAUUGCUAAGAGGUUCCGCUACGAUGCGGCUUUGGUAUCAGCUCUGAUGGACAUGGAAGAAGACAUCUUGGAAGGUAUGCGGGCCCAAGACCUUGAUGAUUACCUAAAUGGUCCCUUCACAGUGGUGGUCAAAGAGUCUUGUGAUGGGAUGGGGGAUGUGAGUGAGAAGCACGGGAGUGGACCAGCAGUUCCUGAAAAGGCAGUCCGUUUCUCAUUCACAGUCAUGAGAAUUACUAUAGCCCAUGGCUCCCAGAACGUGAAGGUGUUUGAGGAAGCCAAACCUAACUCUGAACUGUGUUGCAAGCCAUUGUGCCUUAUGCUGGCCGAUGAGUCUGAUCACGAGACCCUGACUGCCAUCCUGAGCCCUCUCAUUGCAGAGAGGGAGGCCAUGAAGAGCAGUGAAUUACGGCUGGAGAUGGGAGGCAUCCUCAGGACCUUCAAGUUCCUCUUCAGGGGUACUGGCUAUGAUGAAAAACUUGUCCGGGAAGUGGAAGGCCUCGAGGCUUCUGGCUCUGUCUACAUUUGCACUCUUUGUGAUGCCACUCGUCUGGAAGCCUCUCAGAAUCUUGUCUUCCACUCCAUAACCAGAAGCCACACUGAGAACCUGGAGCGCUACGAGGUCUGGCGUUCCAACCCAUACCAUGAGUCAGUAGAAGAGCUACGAGAUCGAGUGAAAGGAGUCUCAGCCAAACCUUUCAUUGAGACAGUCCCUUCCAUAGACGCGCUCCACUGUGACAUUGGCAAUGCAGCCGAAUUCUACAAGAUUUUCCAGCUAGAGAUAGGGGAGGUGUAUAAAAAUCCCAACGCUUCCAGAGAGGAGAGGAAGAGAUGGCAGGCCACCUUGGACAAGCAUCUCCGAAAGAAAAUGAACCUGAAGCCAAUCAUGAGAAUGAAUGGCAACUUUGCCAGGAAGCUCAUGACUAAAGAGACUGUGGAGGCAGUUUGUGAAUUAAUUCCUUCCACAGAGAGACACGAAGCUCUCAGGGAGCUGAUGGACCUUUACCUGAAGAUGAAACCAGUGUGGCGCUCCACAUGCCCUGCUAAAGAGUGCCCAGAUUCCCUCUGUCAGUACAGUUUCAAUUCCCAGCGUUUCGCUGAGCUUCUCUCUACCAAGUUCAAAUACAGAUAUGAAGGCAAAAUCACCAAUUAUUUUCACAAAACUUUGGCACAUGUUCCCGAAAUUAUCGAGAGGGAUGGCUCCAUAGGGGCAUGGGCUAGUGAGGGAAAUGAGUCUGGCAACAAAUUGUUCAGGCGCUUCCGGAAAAUGAAUGCCAGGCAGUCCAAGUGCUAUGAGAUGGAAGAUGUCCUGAAACAUCACUGGUUAUACACUUCCAAAUACCUCCAGAAGUUUAUGAAUGCUCACAAUGCAUUAAAGAAUUGUGAGUUUAGCAUGAGCUCCAGUGCAACCUUAGCAGACCCAUUAGGCAUAGAAGACUCUCUGGAAAGCCAGGAUUCAAUGGAGUUUUAAGUAGGGAAACCACUUAUGAGUUGGUUUUUGCAGAUGAGUUCUCCUUUGGGUUGCAUUGCGGUCUUCUCUUAGGCACCUUUCACUGCGGGGUGUGGGGCCUCACCACCUAAGAGGUGGCAAGCUGGGGGAGAGACCACAGGUGCUGUAACCACAUCAGGAACGGAUAACUGAUGAGCUGAUGGCUUGAGCUGCUUAGUGAGUUCCAAAAAGCAACAGGAGAAAUCAGUUAUUUGAAAGCACAAUAACUUAGAACAGGAGUUCCAGCGGGGGGAUCAGAGAUGAAAAAAGAUAUGUGUGUGUGUACCACUGAGGGCCGUGAAAAUCAAAGCCAAGGUUGUCAAAGAACAACCAAUGAGGCCAGGAAAGGAGUUUGUUUUGCAGUUUUCUUUUAUUCUCCUCAAUUUAUUAGAUUUUGUAUUAAGAUACAGUAAGUCUUUUCUAUUUCAUUUUUAUAGGAUUCUUUAUUUUAUGAAUUUUGCAUAUCUUAGUCUGUAAGAUUCAAAAAAGCCUUUUAGGUUUCUCUAACAAUGCCUUACAUUGAUAAGGCACGAUGCUCUUUACAGGGACUCUCAAUGCCUUUUCUGAUUUGGUACGUUUGUUCAGAAAUACCCCAUAUCAAGAAAAGUUUUAGAAAAUCAACCCUUUUCUAUCAUUUGUUUAAAUGAUAUCUCUACUGUUACAUUCAGAGUUUAGCAGGUCAUUUGCUGUCAUGAAUUUUUCAGUAAUGGGGUUGGAGAAUACACUCCUAGAUAGAGCUAGCUUUUAAAUCAUCCAAUAAUAUAUGUUCUCUUAACUUAGCUAUCAGUAGCCAAGUUUAUGUCUUUAAAUUUCAAAUAGUUUAGAAUAUCUAAAUGUUUUCCCAUACAAUCUCAAGGCCAAAGACUUUUACAAAUUCCCAUGGGCUCACUGUCUAAGAAUAGAUUUACUGUUUUGCUGAAAAUGUCUGAUUUUCACUACAUAAAAUCUGGCUCAAUUUUAUUAAAUCCAGGUUUCUCAGAUUCUUCCUUUCUGUGUUAUUAUUUCAAUUAUGAUUAGUUUAUUUUCAGUAUAUUCAAAUUUUAGUCGUUGGUAACUUUGCAAUUUUCCUGCCUGUUAAAUUUAUUAUGAAAUUAUUAUUUCAUAAUACAACGGAAGAGUUAACAUUUGUACAUUGUUUAUUUUUUGUGACUUUAAGAAUUUGCUUUUUCUUUCUUUUUUUUUUUCCCAUGGUACUGGGAUUUGAAUUCAUGGACUUGCAAAUGUUUGCUAGGCAAAUUCUGUACCAUCAAGAUACAUCCCUUAUCCUUUUCUAUUUUUUAAUUUUGGGAGAGUCUCAUUAAGUUGUCCAGGCUGGCACUGAACUUGCUUGCCUCUGACCUCAGCCUCCUGAAUAACUGAGGCUACUGGUGUCUACCACCUCAGUUGGCAUGUUUGGAAGUUUUUUUUUUUUUUUUUUUCAUUCAUUUUGCCUUAUCACUUUCUGGGGUAGGCUUAUUAUCCCCAGGGUUAAAUGAUAUACCCUGAAUUAUAGGGACAAUAAAUAUCUGAUUUUUUUUGAGUCCAGGUUUGGGGGCAGAGUUGGAUGAGUUUUUUAAUCAUUUGCAUAUUUUGGGCUGUUUGAUAGAAGAAAGUGCUAACCCUCCAGAGUCCAUAAAUCUCUGGUUGGUGGCUCCAGUUAUUUGAAAACUAUUGUCUGCAUCCUUAGGAAUUUGGGAUUUGCCAGUUGCUGGCAAUUUAGAGCAGGCAUGAGAUUUUAUAUGCCAGUGAGUCAUAAUGAUAUGUUAGUGUUAAUUAGUUUUUUUCUUCCUUUGAUUUUAUUGGCCAUAAUUGCCAAUCUUCAUACACAGUAUAUCAAAGAGCUUUGUAAUUUAGUUGUCAAAUGUGCAUCAGUGACAUUAGCCUAAAUGGUAUGCAUUUGAUGAUUUGCAGGGACUGAACUCAGUUUUUUCCAUAUAGCAAUUCUCAUUGUCUUUUAUAUGCAGAAUAUCAAAGACAUUUGUAAUUUAGUUGUCAAAACAUAUACAUAUUUUAAUGCUGCAGUUCUUGAAAACUGUUUUGCAUGUUGAAAAUGAAAGGGCUUCUAAGUCGUCCCUUUGUUUCAUCCUGCUUAGACAUGUCUCUGCCCUAAUACACAGCUAAAUUCAGGUACAUAGCAUGCUCCCUGAAGCAUGCUGGUGCUGAUUUUUAGAUUUUUCCCUCCAUUUUCACUCUGUUACUCGAUUGGUAGCACUGUAAAUACUUCCCAAUAUUAAUUUCCCCCCUUUUGCAUCGUAGGAACUAUUUUAUGUGACUAAGAGCAUGAUUUAUAGCACAACCUUCCCGAUAAUCUCCUAAUAAGAUUAUAUGUUGAUAGACCCUAGAAGCAUCUAGUUGCAGGAUUUCAAUAUGCAGAAUUUAUGCCUAUGGUUAUUUUUUUGCUCUCAUUGUUAAGAGUGCAAUAUUGUAGAUCCUGGUGUUAUAUUUGAGUUUUAUUUUUAACAAUGCCCAUUGCAAAUGCAGUCAUAUACCCUAGGGAAAUUCACCACACUGAAUGGAACAUUUUUUUUUAACAAGCGUAGACUAGGACUUCAGCAGUGCAAUACAUUUUCCUCCCAUGAAACCCACUCCUACAAGUUGUCCUGCCAACCCCCUGGGGUACACUGCAGGGACCAGUGAUAAUGGCUGAUGACAAUUGAUGAAUGGCUGACAGGAGGUUAAGAAAUACCUUGGGAUUAAUAAGCACAUGCCUAGAUACCACAGCAGAAGCGAAAGAUGUCUUUUUCUUCCAGGAGAGCUGGAAUUUAGUAUUGCCUCAAUUUAUUUUCACAAAAUAUAGAUGAAGAUAAAGAUUUUUCUUUUUGGUUCCACUGUAGGUCUUGAGUUGCAUCCAACAGAAUUCAGAUUAUACACAGCUAGAAGGUAGGAUUUAUAGGUGGUUGGGAGGAACAAGUUGUUUCACAAUGCAUCAUCCACUUAUUAAAGGGUUAGGAAAACAUGCGCCUAGGUACCAGAGUACAUCCCUGGGCUUCAGCUAUUGUUACUGUAUGACAGGUGAUCUGUUCUUUCCAUAUUAAGAGAUGUUAAGGAAGAGUAGUUACUUUAUACCCACUUCACUUUUCCCUCUUUGACUAUAGAAAUCUAUAUAAAUAUACCUCAGAAUUGAUUAUUGAUGAGCUAUUUCUCUUGGUGGUCUUGCACUUUCACUUUAUUUUCUCACAAAUAAUAAUGCAAUUUAUUUAAUAGCUUCCAGAACUUUCUUAUUUUUCUUUCAGAGGAAGUUCAGGUACCAGGAUGCAAUGGAUUUAUUUGUGGAGGUGAGCACCUCUGUUUCCAUGUUAACUGCUUUUGAAUGAAAGGAAAUAUGAAUUUCAUUACUUAUUUUUAUAUUUUGAUAUUUGCAAUCACAUUAUGGUUAUUGUUAACAA